AUGGGCAACAUUCCAAGCAAUUCUGCUUCUCAUCAAUUGAGACCCUCAGAACGUGCUGAGCUUCUCGAUGUCAUUAGCAAGCUACAUGCUGACGGGACCGAUGAUGAGCUCGGUUUCCCGCACAUCUUGGUCUAUCAACGCCAGGCUGAGGACAGUAGCUACGAUCUCAAUGUCCUCGAUGUGCUUGGCGAUUUGCCGUUCUCAGUCAGCAAAGUCACGACCACAGAUCGGGCAGCUGAAGACAAGAACAAGCCAUCGAAAGAAGUCUUGCGGCGCCUCAAUGACCCUCGAGCCAUCGUUCUCGUAGUUCUGUCAGCUGCGUCAGAACCAGAAGACGAUGAAAUCUUCAAUCUGGUGUCGAACGCUCCCGAAAUCGAGGCCAGAACGCUUGGCGUUAUGACCGAAGCAGAGGUACUCCCUAACUCCAAACUACAACAAUGCUGGGAGACAUUGCAGGAGGAGAACCUCGUCCCAGGUCUUGGUUGA